GGCCAAGGCUCUCCAACAACAAUCCAGCUUCAUUAUUUCCCUUGCUAGCUGUAGGGUCUCGCGAGCAAUGCAUUCGGCGCCAUUGCUAAUCCGGCAGUCGCUGCGAGCAAGUCCUGCUCUGGUGAGACCCAGCCCUCGGCGUCUACGAUUCGCCCUGCCUCCCCCCCCUUCUCCGAACCAGCCUUCGCAUUCCCCCGCACGAAGCUUCUCGAUCUGCCUUCGCUGUCAAUUUCGCAGUCAAUCGAGACUGUAUGCUACCAAAGAAGAUGGAAAACCCGAGUUGGUCGAAGGCAAGCUGCGGGAAGAAGGGACUGCCUCUUCGAGCGAUAUCGACAUGAACUCUCCGUCCUCCGUUGUUGGUGCUGCCAAUAAGGAACACAGUCCACGCCCAGUGCUUGAAAAGAGCUCGACAAGUUCGACCGAUAGCAUAAAUUAUGAAGAAGAAAGUCUUCCCUCCGAGACGGAAGGCCGGCGGUCACAGUUGUCCAAGAAGUUUACAGAUCUAAUGGACAAUCUGCAGUCGAAUGUCUUCACUGCCGGUCAACGAUUGAAUGACCUGACUGGUUACUCGGCUAUAGAACAAUUGAAACAACAAAUUGCUCUUCAGGAAAGCCAGGUUGUGCAAGCCCGGUCGCUCAUCCGACAAGCCAAAGAGGCAUACUCUGCCGCGAUUAAUCGACGAUCCGCCUCUCAACGCGAAGUAAAUGAGCUCCUCCAACGAAAGCACGCCUGGUCACCUACAGAUCUCGAGCGGUUCACAUCACUAUAUCGCUCCGAUCAUGCCAAUGAAGUCGCGGAAGCCGAAGCCCAAGAGGCCCUCGCCAAGGCAGAGCGCGAGGUCGAGGAGGUCAGCGCAAACCUCAACCGCAGUAUUCUCUCGCGCUACCACGAGGAGCAAAUAUGGUCUGAUAAGAUCCGCAGAAUGAGCACAUGGGGGACGUGGGGCUUGAUGGGGGUGAAUGUGCUUCUAUUUCUGAUCUUCCAGAUCUUGGUAGAACCGUGGCGCCGACGACGGUUGGUGAAAGGGUUUGAAGAAAAGGUCAAAGAGGCCAUUGAAACCGAGGCGGUGCAAAAUCGGGCUAUUGUAUCCGCAUUAAGCCUGACCCCUGGUACUGCUACUGCUGCGGAGACUACUGUGGUUGAAGCAUCGCUAGCAGCCUCAUCUCCACAGGAUUCUGAUUCUGGUAGCAACACCGUUCCUCUACCCCAUGAAGAGACCUCUCACCUAGGGCUUGUCUCGGAUCCAAUUGAUGCCAGUCCUACCAUAUUAUAUCCUGAACCCAUACCAGACAACAAGACCUUCUCAGAAAAGCUGGCCACAGUCUUGUCGCUUGGGUAUUGGCGCCAGGUUACAGAGUUUCGUUUGAGCGAUCACAGCGCCAACCUGACUCAGCGCGAGUUGACUGCGGUAGCUGUUCAGAGUGCCGCAGUCGGAGCGGCUGUGGUAGGCGUGCUACUCGCUAUUCUUCGUCUACACUAGGACAAAUAACCAUAGCUCCCUAGACUUGCAGAGCCGUUGAAUCCCCCGUAUCAACCAUCCUUGUAUCAACCACCUGUGCGUCUAGCUCGUCACCAGCAAAUGUAGAUACGUGUACAGUACCCACUACCAAUUGAAGCACCUUCUGUAUAUAUCGAAUCCUCCACGGAUCUCGUAUACACUAACGGAUCUCGGGGGUUCUAUUUGUAUUGUAGUGACAUCGAUCUACGUGACCAUUUCGUAUCUAGGAGGCAUCUUGGUGGUGAAACUCACACCCCCGGUCUGCCAAGC